CGCACAGUCGGCGGCCGCGCGCAGCACGCUCAGGGCCGGGAUGGCGGCGGCGGUGGCGGUGGCUUCAGGAAGCGGGACUCCCCGAGAGGAGGACGGAACCGCUGGGGAGACAGCGGCCUCGCAGCCCCCAGCCCCAACGAGUGCGCCUGGGGCACGUCUCUCGAGGCUGCCUCUGGCGCGAGUAAAGGCCUUGGUGAAGGCGGACCCCGACGUGACGCUAGCGGGACAGGAAGCCAUCUUCAUUCUGGCACGAGCAGCGGAGCUAUUUGUGGAGACCAUUGCAAAAGAUGCCUACUGCUGCGCUCAGCAGGGAAAAAGGAAAACUCUUCAGAGGAGAGACUUGGGUAGAGUGACACUGCGUGUCUGGGGACAGACAAGGGAGAGCGGGGCUGGUUUCCCCUUGCGCAGAUUGAGAAGACAUCACUCUGAUCUGAGAGAUAAUGCAAUAGAAGCUGUGGAUGAAUUUGCUUUUUUGGAAGGUACUUUGGAUUGAUUGCUGAGUGGAACAGUUUUGUGAGCCUUCAUCUGCAGCCUUCAGUUCACCCCUCUCUACAGGCCUCAGCUUUGAAGAACGGAGCCUUUGCGCUUAAACACACUCUUCCUGUUCUGCAGUUACCUAUGCUGGGAUAAGCAGAGAUCUCAUCAAUUAGCUUUUCUCUGCAAGGUCUUCCACUACUUUUGUCUUCCAUGUCAAGCCUGGGUGCAGCAACUGCUGCUUGGAGCAGAGAUGAAGAAAUGUUCUGCAUAAGUGGCUUACUGAAUGAUGAGGACCAGAAUAAAGGUUUUUGAUCAGCUUUA